AAUUGAAUGGACUUGUCUGAAGAACAGCUCCUGUAAAUAUCUGGGGAAAUUAAUGUCUCUUUGUAGACGAGAUCUGAGUCUGACGCUGACUCCUAAAGCCAUAACUUUGAGAGGACUACUGCUGUUGUGCAAAUCAUGGACGCAUCUUCAAACAUUGAGAAUAACUGAUGUCACAGCAAGACUUAUCUCAAAGUUAAUAAGGACAAAAAGAAAAAACACAUCUGUCAGUGUAAAAGAGAUGGUCAUCCUCAAGGGUUGGUGGCAGUCCACAAUCAAAGUACCUCAUCUUAUUAGUAAUCUGUCCAUAAUCCUGAGACACUGGAGCAUCAGUCAACUGGACCUCAGCAGCUGUGACCUGGAGGGACACUUUGUGACAAACCUUCUGACUCUCCAAGGCCACAUCAGUCUCAAGUUGUCUAAGAAAACUCUCCAGGACUUGGUCUUUAUAAUUUAUGAAGCACAAGAUGUCCACCUUCUGAAGUCCUUCCUCAAGAAAGUUGGCUAUGACCUGAGCUCCUGUAAGCUCAACUGGAAUGUUCUUCACUUUCUUUUCAGUCACUCAGAUGAAAGAAUUAAAACCAACCUUAGAAGAAGUGACCUUCAGGAACGCAACCUCAUGGAACUCCUGCCAUGGCUUCACAGGGUCCAUCCUUCAGGGAUGAAUGGAAGGCUUUCUAAAAUGUUACUGAAGGUCAUCUUUGAUUCCGGCUCAGUGGAGCUCAUAGACUUGUGGUUACAACUCUCAGACCAUCGUGUUAAUUUUAAUAACAUGGAGUUGGGUUCGAGUCACUGUGAUGCUCUCCGGCUCAUCACUGAACACUCAUGUCAUGUACGACUCAGCCUGUUAUGGACGUCCUUCACAGAUGAGACGGCAGAGAAGUUACUUUCUAUGAUGGGCCGAGUGUCUGAACUGAGUUUGGACAGAAAUACUUUGCUCAAGUUUCUUCAUAAACUCAUAGAAGUGAAUCAACCGGAAACUGCACAACACUUUACCAAAGCACUGCGUUGCACCCUGGACUUUUCUUCUUCAUCUAAGAUAGACAUUUCAAGUGACGACACUUCACACCUCCUUAAGCUGAGCUUCACUGAUUGUCAGGUCAUCUCAAAAUCAGUGGGAUUGUUGAAAGAUAAAAUUGAACUUAACAUCAACGAUUGUGAGAUAGAAGAUGGCGGACUGGAAGUCCUGUUUGACACCUUUGACAAAGUUCACCUGAGAACAAGUAAGGAGCUUCUGCUGAGGUUUAUUUCGAUGACAGAUGAGAACAACACAAGCAGGAUCAUCUCGCUUGGCAGAGCCAUUGGCAGUACCAUUGAUCUGAGUGGCACCCGUCUGUCAGCAGACACCUGCAGAUCGCUGGCCAUUGUGAUCAACUACAUUGAAGAGGACUGUGAGGUGGACUUAAGCAAAUGCAGCCUUUCUACUGAGUGCAUCGAGCGACUGUCUGCAUGUCUACACAAAAUACGAGACUUGGAUGUUUCAAACAACAAUCUAAAUGAUGAAGCCACUCAAAUACUUGCAUCGACUCUCAGCCAAGGGGACUCACUCCACGUCAUUGACCUGAGCAGCAACAACAUCACGGAUGCUGGAGCAGCAAAAAUUCACGACGCUCUGAAUGGCAAAUCCAAUCUGAAAGUUGUGAGAAUCUACAAUAAUAAAAUAUCAAACCGUGCCAUCUUUGGGAAGGACCCUCGCUAUGAGAUCUGAUGACUGAAGACUGCUGUAUUGGGGUGACAAAGAGAGUUUUUUUUACAGUUUGUUAAAUAAGACUUGUAAAAUUUAAAUUUGUGUGAAAGAAAGACAGGGUUUUUGAGAUUCAGCUUGUAAUUGAAUAAAAUAUGUAAACGGGAAUGUGGCGCUCAUAAGGAGAGGCUAAUACUACAUUAAUAAUGUAAGUAACAGGAGAUGAACAUGGUGGGCUGGCUUAGGCAGCAUGUUAGUCAAAUCAAAUCAAAAUCUUUAUUGUCAUUGUAGCAAUGAGACAUUGUACAACGAAAUUUAGGUGCAAUUUUAAUAUGCAAAAAUAAAAUAAAAACAAAA